GGUGUCAAAAUGACAAGCAGAGACAGCUAAAAAAAGAAAGAAGGGAAGCGAAGGAUGCACACACUUACACACACACAGACAUAUGUACACUGGAAUCCAAGAGGAGUGGGUAGGACGUGCGAUGGAUGGAUGUCCGCCCUACUGGCCGCCCCUUUUUGGAGCCGCCCCUUCCGCCUGUUAGCCCGGCUAACUGUGUAAAUGGCAAAGCGACAGCAGCAUUUGCUAACUUUGCUGCAGCAGCAACAAAGGCCACAGCACAGCGCCAACAAAAACUACAUAAAUGUAUCUAUAUCUAUAUCUAUCUAAGCGAUGGCCGUGCAUUGUAUUGCAGUUACGUGCUCGAUGGUCCAGCAAAAUGGCGAGGCGAAAAAAAUCUCUGAAACAAAAUCAACAAAGAAGCACCAAGAACAGCAGGGGUCUUUUCGUUCGAAAAGUCUUGAAUACACUAUUCGUAUAAACACUUGGAAGCACUUCUCCUUGAAUAGCCAGAUCACAUUUAAAAAAUAGAUUUAUACCCGCUGUGUAUUGCUGAAAAUAUUCAGAAAGCUUGUAGAAAUAUUUAAGCAAUUAAUUUUUAGAAAUAUUUGUAUUGUAUUUAUACUUGUGUGUAGCGAUUUAGUUUUUUCCUAACCCACAAGAUUAUAUAUUUAAUAAA